GAUUAUGAAAAGAAAAUGUUUGAAAGAAAAUUAACAUAUGAGGAUGAAGAAGAUGAUUGUUCCGGUGAUGUUGAUAGUUCUGAAAGUGAAAUAAAGAAUGAAAAAAUUAGCAUUAAAGAUCUUAAUAGUAAGGUAGUUAAGAAAGGAAAGGAAAAUGAAAUUAGUAUUACUGAGCUCGAUAAUAAAGUUGCUAAGGAAGAAAAUAUUAACAUUAUUAAUGAUCUGUAUAAAAAGAUUAAUGAUCUUAAUACUAAGAUGAAUGAUUUUAAUAUUAUAAAUAAUAGCAGGAAUGAUGAGCUUAAUAGUAAGAUUGAUAAAUUACUUAAUGCAAUCAUUAAGUAA